AUGAAUCACAGUAAAGUUGAAUUUGAGCCUUUUGAAUAUUCCUACUAUGACUAUUCAGACUGGUACUCCAACAACGCAGAGCCAACCAAACCACCCAAAGAAGUUAUUUUACCAUGUUACCCAACAGCAGAUGACAGACUCUUCCACGUAUGCAUGCUGUCAAUAUCUCUGGUGGUCAUGUUGAUCCUGGCAGCUCUCUCCAGGAAAAACAAAUUCUGCCAAGGAUUUGCAAGAGGAUCCUCCAGCAUCUUCAGUCCGACCAACUUCCUGGACCAGACUCAGGAAAAGGGCCUGACCAUGGCUGUGUUUGGACUGGUGUUCAGCAAGCUGGCUAUGCUGGUGAUCGCCCCGGACCCACUGCCUUUCUGCAGAGAUACUCCAGCGGAAAUUAAAGAGUACAUGAAGAUCAUCGCCAUCUUCUACUAUCCAGUCCUGUAUUAUCCUCUGUUGGUCUGCGGCACUCUGCAGCGUAAAACAGGUUAUGUGUUCGGGGCGCUCCUCUCCUUCAGUCACUUCGGGGUCCUGGUGUGGCAGAAGUUUGACUGUCCAAAGACUCCAGAGAUCUAUAAGUUCUAUGCUCUGCUUGCGAGUCUGCCUCAGCUGGCCUGCCUGGCAUAUCUCUGUGUCCAGUUUAUUUUGCUGUUUGUCAAAGGACCAAAGACUGAUGAGGACCUCGACAGCAGCUACUACAACGACUACGUGAAGUCACUUCUCAAGAAAAAGUCGUCCGCUGUCAGCUCUUCAGCUACAGACAAACCAACACUGGCAGAGAGAAUACUGGAGGUGCCGAAGAGUUAUAUUUAUAUACCUGAAAAAGUGUUUCGUUUCCCGCUCAAGCUGGCGGUGUCGGCGUUUGUUGCUUUAGUGGCGAUAUAUCAUACGGCGUUGCUGUUGGUCGUGAUGGUGGUCCCCACUCUCCAUAUUGUCCGUGCUGGUAUCGAUGAAAACAUCGCCUUCCUGUUACUGGGCUUCGGGAUCGUCCUAUCAGACAACAGGAUGGAGGUCGUCAAGAUCGUGACCUUCUACACCUGGUUGUUGGAAGUGUGCUACCUGUGUGCGAUGACCCUGUCUUGUUUGGUUAGUCUCAUCAUGCUCAUGAGGUCCAUGGUUCUCCACAGGUCAAACCUGAAAGGCCUGUAUAAGGGAGACAUUUACAACAUCUAUAACAGCCAGAAGACCAUCUCUCCAUCUAAACCUGGUAUCGUCUGCUGGAUGGGAUUGACAGGAUACCAGGCUGCAAUCGUCUGCUUUGGAAUGGCCAUCCAGACUGUUGUGUUUUUCAUCUGCUUCUUGUUCCUGGUGUUUCUGAUCAUUAUCCCUAUUUUUCACGGCCGUAACAUCAUCGUCUUUGAAAUCGCAGGAAAGGCAUGGCCUGCCUGGGUCACACUGACACUGGUGACAGUGCUUCAGCAUGUGACUGCCAAGUUUGCUUUCAUCAAAAAGGAAGCUGGAACAAGAGACUUGAACCACAGAGAGAGUCUCUUCCUCCUGACCUACCUGCUCUUCCUCAUCAACACGUUGGUGGGAGUGAUAGUGGCAAUAUGGAGAAUGGUGAUAACAGCUUUGUACAACAUCAUCCACCUGGGUCGUAUCGACGUCAGUCUGCUGCACCGCACCGCAGAGUCCUAUGACCCAGCCUACCGAUAUUACACCCACUUCUUGAAGGUGGAGGUGAGUCAGUCACACCCGGUGGUGAAGGCUUUCUGUGGGCUGCUGCUGGACAUGAUGAUCGAGGGCGGCAGAGCUGGACAGAAAAUACGAGACGCGGAGGAAGGGAUCCAGGAGAACCGGCCGAGCAAGGCGACCAGCAGUCGGAGGAUUCGCUCUCGCUGGCAGCUGCUCUACACGCUGGUCAACAACCCGUCCCUGCUGGGCUCCAGGAAGCACUUCCAGACGCUGCAGACCUCGGAGAGCAUCCUGAACGGCACCCCCAAAAUCAGCUCCAAGAAAGGCAGCAAGAAGGAGGCCCCCGAGCCUGACCAGUCCACGGAGACCGCAACAAACCAAGAUAAAACUGACUGAGCUCCCUGAUCUAGACCGUAGAGCUGGUGGUUUACUCCAAACAAAGUCAUAUUACAUGAGAGACAAAACAGUUCACAGGGAAAGUAGAAACCAAUCACAUUCAACACUAUAUUUUGGGUGAUGAAUGAGUCCAUUUGAUUAUUUUUUGUUAUUAUUAUUACUAUUAUUAUAUUAUUAUAUCGCCAAUACUGAAUGAUUCUUAAGAUUCCUGCUUUUCCAGUGGCAACAAUGCUAUGUCCAAGGUUCAGGACAGGUUAUGGUUAACUACAGCUGAGAUGUGAUUAUAGUUAGGCAACUAAAACAUUUGGUUAAGGUUUAGUCAAGAACUGGGAAUGUGUCACCUGGCUCUGUGAUCCAUACGAAACACAGAGCUGUCAUUUGGUUUUUGUGUGUGAACACGUCCAGUGUGAUCUUGUUUGGAGUAUACUACCGCUGUCAUACCAGAUUUUUGCUCGGUCCAGCUGGUGGCACUAGAAUAACCUAAAUCAUCAGUCAGGGUUUAUCCAGAGUCUGUGAUGUAGGUCAAGUCAGGCACAUGGUGAUAAACUCAAAGCCAGCAGAACAUUUGUUGUUGUCCUAAGCACAGUUUUUUAAAGCUUGAAAUUUGCUCCUGAUGUGAUUUAUUCACCUUCACAUAAGUGGUUGAAUGUCUUGUGGACCUGUGGGAUUUCUACAGACUGAUGCUGGCUUUAGAGUUUGUCUCCACCUGUUACUGAUGUACUAAGAUGCCUCUCAGCCCCAGUAGCAAUGGUUUCACAUGUGAAAAAAAAGCUUCGAAACUUAAAAUAAAAAGUAUCACUCACCAGGAAGCUGGUGGCAUUUAAUAAAAUAUAACUAUAUGUCUUCCCAUCAGCUCCAACAUGAAUCAGGUCCCAGCUACUGAUUAAAAUUAACUGUAAUUGUGUCACGCUUGUGCAAUAGUCUAGAGGCCUUUUAGUAAUUCCACACUGACAUUGCACAGACUGACAGAGCUGAUCAAUGUCAGCAUCAGAACUGGAGCAGAGGAUCGAUUAGAGCUCGGACAUGAGUCUAUUAUUGCCCCAGGUUAAUGCAGAAAUGUCAGCACAUGCUGGUUCUCUGCAUGUUCUCUGUUCUCUUCGCUGAGAGGAUUUUGUAAGAUCACGGAUGGUAGAAUUUUAUCAACUUGUGUGAAGUGAUAACAUGAAAAAACACAAGAACUUUAUUCUUACUCCAGAAUAACCUUUGGUUGCUAGGCUACGGAUUUAAAUGUAAUAUAACUACCAUAUUUAUAUUAUACCAUACUAUAACAAAUAUAAAUGUUAUUGCACAUUAUAACAUGAAUAUGGCAGAUGAGAGUUUUCUGUUACAUGAUGCCUUUUAUUUCCUAUAUGCUGUUUUAAUGGAUUUACAAAUAAAGUUUUCUUAACAUGUGACAAGUGACUGCUGGAGAAAAAUAAAAGGCUCCAAUAGAAAGUAUGUUGUUAAAUUUGUUUUUUUUUCAUUUAUAUUGCUUUUAAAAACUGAUUGUUUUACAAAAU